ACCUCGACACAAAGCGGUUUCCCUAUAGUGAGUGCGUGGGAAGCCUGUUGUACUUGAGUGUGUGCACUCGGCCCGACAUUGCACAGGCAGUGGGCGCGCUUGCGCGCUUUAUGGCGGGGCCGACGGAGGAGCACUGGCGGGCGGCGCUUGGAGUUGUGCGCUACCUAGCGGGUACGGCAGAGGACGGGGUAAACUUUGGAGGGAGCAAAGAGACUCUCAUCGCUUAUUGCGAUGCGAAUUACGCGGGUGACGUGGACACAAAGCGGUCCACAACGGGGUACGUCGUCCCGAUGUAUGGGGGGGCGGUGAGUUGGUCGAGUAGGCUGCAGCCAACGGUGGCGGCCUCGACAAUAGAGGCGGAAUAUAUGAGCGCAGCGCAAGCGGUGAAGGAGGCGCUGUGGUUCCGCAAACUCGGGGGAGACCUUGAGUUGGACUUUGGGACGGUCCUGAUCUACGGUGACAACCAAGGGGCAAUACGGUCCUCAAGCACCCAAUCGCUUCACUGCGGUCGAAGCACAUUGACGUGA